AUGAGUUGUGCGGAGGUGAUGUAUCACCCCCAGCCGUAUGGAGCGUCCCAGUAUCUGCCCAACCCAGUGGCAGCUGCAACCUGCCCCACAGCCUACUACCAUCCGGCGCCCCAACCUGGCCAGCAGAAGAAGUUAGCAGUAUACAGCAAGAUGCAGGACUCUUUGGAAGUCGCCCUUCCCAGCAAACAAGAGGAAGAGGAGGAGGAGGAGGAGGAGGACGAGGAAGAGGAGAAAGACCAGCCUGCCGAGAUGGAGUACCUUAACUCUCGCUGUGUCCUCUUCACUUAUUUCCAGGGAGAUAUUGGGUCAGUAGUGGAUGAACACUUCUCGAGAGCUUUGGGCCAAGUCAGCACCCUUCAUCCAGAAUCUACCAUUUCAAAAAGCAAGAUGGGGCUCACCCCUCUAUGGCGAGACAGCUCAGCUAUCUCAAGCCAGCGGAGUAGUUUCCCAACUUCCUUUUGGACCAGCUCUUACCAGCCCCCACCUGCACCCUGUUUGGGGGGAGUUCAUCCUGACUUUCAGGUCACUGCAUCCCCUGGCACCUUCUCUGCAGCUGACCCCAGCUCCUGGCCAGGACAUGGCCUGCAUCAGACUGGCCCUGCACCUCCCCCUCCCGCAUCAGAGUCCUGGCACUAUCCCUUGGCAUCUCAGGUGAGCCCGUCCUACAGCCACAUGCAUGACGUGUACAUGCGGCACCACCACCCCCAUGCCCACAUGCACCAUCGCCACCAUCACCACCACCACCACCCUCCCACUGGCUCCGCCCUGGAUCCGUCAUAUGGGCCCCUGCUGAUGCCAUCAGUGCGUGCAGCCAGGAUUCCUGCUGCCCAGUGUGACAUCACAAAGACAGAACCGCCUACAGUCACCACUGCUACCUCAGCGUGGGCCGGAGCCUUUCAUGGAACAGUGGACAUAGUGCCAAGUGUGGGGUUUGAUACAGGUCUACAGCCUCAAGACAAGAGCAAGGAGUCAGCAUGGUACUGA